AUGUGUGAGUAUUCCGAUGAUCGACUCGUAGAUAUUAUCAAUCUUGAAAUUAAAUUACAAAAGGAAUGGUAUAGUGAUACGAUAGAGGGUGAUAUUCGUUUAGAAAUUAAAGAAAAUUGUAAUCAAGUUAUUCGUAUUAAAGAUAUUACUCUCUUUUUGCAGGGAUUAGAAAAAUUAGAGUAUCAAGUGGAGGGUCCGAACCGAUCUUUGGCUUGGAAAUCUGAUGAAAAAAAGGUACUACAAAGUGAGGUACCGAUCGCUGGAGAUGGGAAAUUAACAAAAGGUCCUCAUGUUUAUUCUUUUUCAGAAAGAUUACCAACCGAUAUUCCUGGAUCAUUCUUUGAGGAAACCACUUAUCUGGGAAAACAGAUCAAGGCUCAGAUAUCUUACUUUGCAUCAUGUGUUGUUGAACUAAGGGUGGGAAAUGAAAAAGAGUCUCAACAUGUUACAAUUCACAAACAAUUUGAAAUUUUUGAAAAAUUAGGUGAUAGAAUGGCUAACAAUUUGUUUGCAAGCAGAAAUAAUCAAUCAUGUGGAUUAUUGUGGAAAAUAUCAUCGAGAAGAAAUAUUUACUGUCGAAGAGACAAAUGCCAAUUUUAUUCAGAAGUAUUGAACGAAGGCAUCUCUUCUGUAUCAUUUAUUACUGUCAGAUUGCUGCAGAUUUUAAAGCUUAACAUGGAGAAACAAAAUACAUCAGAGAAUAUUAUGUUAGAGGUCUAUAAAAAGACCUUUAAUGGUAUCCUGCCAAAAUGUAAAGAUUUGAGAAAUAUCACAUUUGAUUUACAUCCAGAUCUUGUUGAUUAUUUCCUCUAUCCACAAACAACUUAUGGAAGUCUUAUCAGAGUAGAGUACAUGCUCCAAUUUUCACUAGAUAAUUUGAUUGAGAUCAAUAUUCCAAUAGAGGUUUUAUUCAAGCAAGACAUUCCAGUAAGACCUUUAUCUAGAAACACAAUAUCAUUGACUGAUCAUGAAAAGUCCAAUAGAAGAAAAUCAAAGAGCUACUACGGAGAGCUUGAAGAUUAUGAGGAAUCUGUCGUGUUAAAUGAUCCAAAAGAUCAAGAUAAUUAUCACGAAGUAAUUUCAUUAGAGAAAAAUACUGGCUGUUGUACUAUUCAAUAG